AAUCUGCAGUCUGCUCUGCAACUGCAGCAAGUUGUACGCGAAUAGUUUAAACAGAAACUAUUAUUUUGUUCGUUUUCCUGAAAUUGUUCCUUAAACAUGGAUUCGGAUGGUUUACCUAUCGUGGGUUCUGGUGUUGAUUAUUCAAAAGUCGAUCCUUUGCAUCAGAAACGAACACUAACAUUUCUUAAUCAUUUUCUGAUUCGAACCACUUCAUUUUUAAAUCAUUUCUCUUCUGUUUGUGAUGAAAAGCUAGAAAAUUUACUGAUUCGAAUACAGAGGUUAGAAGCAUCAAUGUGUAUUCUUGAAGCUAAGUUAGCAUCAAUACCAGGUUUGGAUGAUGUGUCUGAUGCUGAACCUUCAGAAACGGUUUCUAGUCCUCAACAAAAUGAAGCUAACAUUCCUGAGCCAUCCACUAUUCAAUCCACGCCCAAUGCAGAUCAGACUGCUCCUCCUCCUCCUCCUCCAUCUACUGAGCCACAGAAACCAGUAAAAACUGUUUCACAAGAUCCACGCUAUGCAAAGUAUUUCAAAAUGAUAAAUAUGGGUGUGCCUGUUGGUGCUGUCCAAUUGAAAAUGCAGGCUGAAGGUGUGGAUCCAGAAAUUUUGAACAAUCCUGAUGCUGAGGCACCACCUUUUCCAGAACCAUUGUCAGAUGAUGGUAGCAGACCUUCUGAUGAAAGUGAUUUUAGUGAUUAAUAUUGUUAACAAUUAUCUGUGUUAUCUAAUUGAAAAUCUUACCUUUCCCUGUGAACCAUUGUUGUUGCAAAAGCUGCAUUUUCAUAAUAAUUUUUUGAAUCAUUGCAUCUAUUUUUAGGUUUUUCUAUUGCUUAUUAUUUCAUAAUCAUUUUUUCCAUAAUUCUGAUAUUUAUUAACAAUAAAUUAUGUUGUAUAUUUAUUUG